CAAGAGCCAUUUUGGCUCGAGCAACGAGGAGGACUUUCGGGAAGCAGCGCGCGCCCCGGCGGUCAGCUCACAGAUGGCCUCCGCGGUAGCCGCAUAUUCCCUCCACUGCGGCAGCCUGGGCGGCCACGAGGUUGCCCACGCUGGCGCCGCGGCUGCUGACGUGGAGGCUCUGCAUCAGCAGCAGCAGCAGCAGCAGCAGCAGCCUCCGCCGACCCGGCCGCGCUGCACGAGCUCUACCAGAAGUUCUUGCGGCACGGCGCGAUCGCAGGGGAGGCCCUCUCCGCCCCUGGAGACAGAGUGGUGCCCGAGCGGGGCGCCGGUGCUGCAGCUCCGACGGGAGGCGCCCCUCUCGUCCCUGGGCCGCCCUCGCGCUUCGAGCAGGACUUUGAGCGGCUGGAGCUCCUCGGCCGGGGCGCCUUCGGCGAGGUCUGGCGCUGCCGGCACCGGCUCGACGGGCACGAGUACGCCGUCAAGAUGGUCCAAUUCCGCUCCAGGGCGUCCGACGGCGACAGGCUCCGGCAGCGCGUGGCGCGCGAGGUGGAGGUCCAGGCCAGCCUGGCGCACCCAGGAAUAGUUCGGUACCACACGUCGUGGGUCGAAGGCCACUGGGCCUGCAGCGAGGGGCCGAGGGCGCACGGCUCCCGGCCGAGGCACGUGGUAGAGGCCGUGGGCGGCGCCAGCUCCGCGUCUCCCAGCUUCCGGGAGGAGUCCGAGGAGAGCGGGGUGGUCUUCGGCGAGGCCAGCAGUGCCGGCACCGUCGAGCUCGAGCCGCUCCCGCCCGUCGAGAUCGUGCCCGCUUGCGGUGAGCCGGAGUUCUGUGCCACUCUGUACAUACAGUCGGAGCUGUGCAGCAAGGACACUCUGCACUCCUGGAUCGCCCAGAGGAACGCGGCCUUCGCCUCCGGGCAGCUCACGGAGGAGCAGCGGGAGCAGUGGCAGCGCCAGGCGUGCCGGAUCUUCGCGCAGGUCGCCGACGCCGUGGCCCACCUGCACGCGCAGGCCUGCGUGCACCGCGACCUCAAGCCCGCCAACAUCCUCUUCGGCCGCGACGGCGGGGCCCGCGUCGCGGACUUCGGGCUGGCGCGGGGCAGCUCCCGCGAGCUCGGCGGCCGGGCCGCGCUGUCCGCGGGCCGCGCGGCCGGCCGGGCGGGCGCUCUGCCCAGGACGAGGGCCGUCGGCACGCCAGCCUACGCCAGCCCGGAGCAGCUCGCAGGAAUGGCCGCCAGGCCCGCCGGCGACGUGUACUCGCUGGGCGUGGUGCUCGCGGAGCUGCUGUGCCCCGUGCAGACGCAGAUGGAGCGCGCGAAGCUGAUCGAGGGGCUCAGGAGCUCGCAGAGGAGCAGCGGCCAGCUGCCCCCCUCAGUGCACCUGGCGUCCCCGGUCGUCGAGCGCAUGGUGAUGGACAUGACGCACCCCAAGCCCGCGGCGCGCCCCUCCGCCUGGGAGGUCGCCCUCUGGGCCCCGCGGCUCUGCCGCGAGGUGCGGCGCCAGCGCCCCGCGCCCGGCGCCUGGCGCCUCGGCGUGCCCGCCGCCGGGGCGCUGCCCCCCGCGCCGGAGCCGCCGGUUGCCAGCGUGGCCCUCGAGCCACUGCUCGAAGGGACUCCGCCUGCACAGCUCGAGGCGCCGGAGGAGCUGCCCGCUGACGAGCACGCGGAGGGGCCUCCCGCCACCCUGCAACAGCAGAUCGCCAGCGGCCGCUCCGCGGGGCUGGCGGCGGGGGCACAGCUGCAGCAGGAUGUGCAGGGCCAGGGGGGCCAGAUCGAGAUGCUGGGCGGCCAGCCCAAGCCGAGCCUCAGGACCAGCGCAGGCCAGCAUGCGCCGGCAGCUCGCGUGCUGCGUGCUGCGCCUGGUCGGGCAGAUGUCCAGCAGGGCCUCCUGCGCGGGGCCUGCUGCCGCGGCCGCGGGCGCCCCGCCGCUGCGGCGGCGGAGGACGACGGCUGCGGCGGGGACCAGGCGGGCGAGGAGGGCGAGGCGGGGCAGGGCCAGACAAUCCAGGUGGGCGACUUCCUCCAGGUCAGCAGGGGCCACGGCGGUGAGAACGAUGUGUUCGCUCUGCUGCUUCUGGGGGCACUGCUCUGCUCGACGCUGGUCCUCUUCUCCGCGGUCAUGUCGCUCGGUGCCGCCAGGCGCGGGGGGCACCUGGCCGCAGACCUCCCGCUCCGGGCUGGCCCGCUCGCCUGGUACGCCGCGCAGGUGUUCCCGUUCGUGCUGCGCAUGAUGUCUGGCCCACGGCAUGGAGCUGACGACGCCCCUGCAGGUGCCCGCACUCGUGCGGAAUCGGAAAGCGUGAGGACCACUAGAGAGCUGUAAAUGCCCGCGCUCGUACUGAAUAGGGAAGCAAGAGGGCCGAUCGAAUGUUCAUGAUGCGCAGUAGACGCAUGCAUAACAACCCUGAUUGCGACUGGCGGUGAUGCUCAGCGCAGUGACUCCCGCAAUCGCAGCUCCAAUUCGGGACGCGCGCUCAGUAGGGGAGGAAGACCGGGAGAGCCGGGGAUGCCUGCCCGGUCCUUGGAGAAGGCGGGUGAAUCGCAGCGCGCGGCGCUCGUGCAGCUCUUUGCCCCCAGCGGCGGCGCGCCUGCCCUGCGGCCGUGCGUUCGAUUGAAAAACCUAACGAGGCAGAAAUGUCGUCCUUUUUCUGUUUGGCUACGCCUGAGUGGUCCUCCUUUCUUGGCAUUGUCCUCCCUUGCUUGCUGAGCGAUGCUGUCUACCGGCUCAUCCGAGAGUGCAGUUGCAGUAGGUUUGCACGAUCUAGAGCUACAACUUUUUGCCAGAGCAGCAUCUCGGUAUUGCAAUGGAGCCCGAGACAGCAGAGGCGUAGGGUCAACAUGCAAAAGCGUGGUAACGUGUGCAGAAAUGAGAAAAAGAUAACCAGUUGGCGCUGGACUUCGCGAGUACCUGUGCUCGUCGACGCGCCGUUCGGUCUGGCAUCGAGGACCGUUUAGAUGCAUUCGUGAUGUAGAGAGUUGCGCUGCUACAGUGGUUCAAGCAGUGCCUGAACGACGCCAGCGUGAGCAUGAUAUCCGCUGUCUGUUGCUUGCAGUGAAUUCGUGCGCUGGGUAUCAGUGGCCGCGAUCGCGGCGACUGAGGCCGACCAUGAGGCCAACAAAGUAUGAGGGAG